AUGGCGCCGAGGAGCAGCCGCGGCAGAGCCAAGGGUGAGAAGAAGAAGAAAGAGGAGAAAGGUGAGGAUUAGAGAGAGAGAGAGAGAGAGAGAGAGAGAGAGCUUGAUUAUGUUUGCCUUGACUCCUUUGCUCACUGGUGUGAAUGGCUUAUCUUCUUCUUCUUCUCUGUGUUGUUCUUCGCCUCCACCACUGCAGCUCUCCCCGUGGUCCUCGACAUCACCGUGCUCCUUCCCGACGAAACUUACGUCGUCUUAAAGGUACGAGGACUACCUUCCACUCUCUCUACUCUCCCUCUCAUCCAUCCGGGGAUGUGACAGCUUAAACAUGCCGUUGGUUCCCCAAGAAACUCAGAGAGAGAGAGAGAGAGAGAGAGAGAAGAGAAGAGAAACUCGAGGCCGUCAUCUCUGCAACUGAUAGAUAGUAGCAUAUAGGGGAGAGAGUAACUGGAACCAGAGACUAGAGAGUAGUGAUGCCCUAGUGAACACUCUAAAAGCAAGGUUAGAGAGAGAGAUGCCGGAAUGAAUACUGUCAAUAGAAAAUCGAGGCCGCCAUCUCUGCAACUGACUGAUUGUCGCAGAUAGGGGAGAGAGAAACGAGAACCAGAGGGUAGCGAUGUCUGAGUGAACACUGUAAGAGCUAGCCGUAGAUGAGGGGGAAGAGAGAGAGAGAGAGAGAGAGAGAGAGAGAGCGGAAUGAACGCCGUAGAAGUACGGGCGACUGGAUGUAUUAGAGUCGUGUCAAAGAAAGCCGGGGAUAUUCUUCUUGGGGAGGCGGGCGAUGUCCGAAUUCUAGCUGCCACCAGUGGGAGUCCGCCACGAUAUUUGGCGUCACACGCGACCGCCACAUAGGAUUCGGAUCCUCUUAAUCCUCCGUUAACCGCUUUCUUUUUUUACCGCCGGACGAUCUGGCGCAGGGGAUAUCAACGGACAGGAUCAUCGACGUGCGCCGGCUCCUCUGCGAGAACACCGUCACCUGCGCCAUCACUAGCUAUUCUCUCUCUCACGAGGUGCGUACAGUCAGUCUCUCCUCCUCUCCACCGCCUCGAGCGGCGAGCCUAAGGGCCCCACUUAAUCGAUUGUCUCUCAGCUCAGGAGCUAAGAGGCUCAUAAUCGGUCAUGUUACAUUCUUUUUAUGGAAUCCGAUCGAGAGUUUGUAAGCGUUUUGCAUGGGAUUACGUGGGGAGUGCGUCGCAGCACUAGUCACGUGUUUGGGCUGAAGUUCUACCGUUCGUUGCAGAUCCGAGGGUCUCGAUUGAAAGACUCUGUGGAUGUUGCCGCCUUGAAGCCCUGCGUGUUAACGUUGGUGGAAGGUAUGUGGUCCCGCGUUCUGGAUAUAUUUACAAUAAAAAUUUAAAUUAUAUGCUUUUUUAAAAUAAAUAUAUUAUAAAGGGUUUAAUGUAUAAUAUUUAUGAUAAAUUCCAAUGAUCUCCGUUAUCUUCUGACCUUUUGGUCCCCGUUGUUUUUUCCCGCCCGAGCAGAGGAGUACGACGAGGCUCAAGCGGUGGCCCAUGUGAGGAGGCUGCUCGACGUCGUCGCUUGUACGGCCUGCUUCGGCGGAUCGCCGGCGAGGGAUGUCGCGUCGUCGGCGGCGGCUGCGACGCCGGCCGAGGCGGCUGUCAGCAGUGGCAGCAAGGAGGUCAGGAGCCCCAGCGGCGGGGGAGGGCAGAAGGCCCGGAGCAGCGGUGGCAGCAGCAAGCAGCCGUCUCAGGAACCGCUGCUGCUUUCUCCCUCUACGCCUCCGUCCAAUGAAGCGUCCGCGGCGGCGGUAGCCGCUGCGGAGGUCGAGGCUGAGAUGAGCGGCGCGUGCCCUAAGCUUGGUUCCUUCUACGACUUCUUCUCUCUCUCGCACCUCGUCCCUCCCCUACAAUGUACGUUUUUCUUGAUCCCUUUCUGACCUGAUGCUGGCAAGUCUAAGCUUUGAUAUAGAGGAAUUAAGUUUUCUUCCAAUUUGCAGUCAUAAGGAGAUCUACGAAGCCCCUCCGACAAGACGAGAGUCCCUCCGAGGAUCACCUCUUCUACAUCGAGGUACAUUCUCCGAGGCGGAAUCACUACGUGUUAUCUUCCUUCAGUGAUGUGUCAAGUGGUGAUUAGUUUAUCCAGCAUUUUGGCCAUGGUUUCAGGUGAAGCUUUGCAAUGGGAAGCUGGUGACUGUAGAAGCGCUGAAGAAGGGGUUCUAUAGCGUGGGGAAACAGCGUAUGCUCUGCCAUGAUCUUGUCGGGUUGCUCCGACGGCUCAGUAGAGCUUUUGACAAUGUAAACAGACAAUCCGCUCGCUCACUAAAAAAACCAUUUGGGUUCUCUAUCAUGAUGUGAUUCUGAGCAUUAAUUUCGGGAUAGGUCAAGUAGAUAGUCUACCUUUCUAGUGGUCCUGUGAUUUUCAAGUCAGACGUAUUGAGCUGGGAGCAAUUGUUCGAUAGUAUCAAGUCUAACCUUGUUGUGCAGAAUGGGAUACGAGACGGGUCAACAAUAAAUAUCUUGUCGGAGAGAUGGUGGUUUAGGUGCUGACAUAGUUGGUAAGGGUAGGCGGAAUUAUGCGAGUGUUGUACAAGUAGAGCAGAUUACUUGAGCUUAUCAGACAUUUGAACGCAGUUAUCGUCAGAAACAGCGUGCUCAUCAAGCUGGGUAGAUAUAAUCGAAUUGUAAUCAUCCUUCGGUUUUUCCGUCGCAUAUAUCUUUUAGUAGUUCCGAAAACAUCUAAUGCACUGAUGAUGGGAAAGCAGAUCUCAAACUCGUGAUUUCCUUGGGCCCUGUUAGACAGCAAAUAUUUAUUGUUUAUUGAAGGAAACAAAGUAGGCUGCGCUGGCAACAAUAAAUGUUUCUGCCUUUGGAUGUGGAUGUCAUUUUAUUUUUGUUGGUGCUCUCUGAGCCAGAUACUCAAUUUUCUCAUGCUCGUAUAACUGUCUGAUUAGUUUUCUGCCUUUCUGUAUAAGUCAGUCUCAAGAAUAAACAGUGGCAUAUUUUUUACGUUUUAAGAUUAGAAUAGCGAAAUUUGUCUCUCCCUAUUUCUUUCAUUGUUUGCAUUUGGUUCUUUGUUGGUGUGUUCAGAAACUCUUUGAUAUUAAGUAGGUACAAAUUCAAGUAUAAAAUAUCCUGAUUCUCUGUUUGUUUGUGGUUUCUAGGCUUACGAAGAUCUCAUGAAAGCGUUUUCAGAACGUAAUAAGGUCAGAAUGCUAUUAACUAGUCGUGUUCUCAUUAUACUUUCUGAACUUCUUUCCCAAUUUCGAUUCUUAUUCUGUUCUCUCUGUGUACAUAUGCAUGUCAUUCUUCCAUUGAAACUUUGCUCAUAGUCAUCAAAUUAAUGCUUCACAGAAAGCCUCUCGAAUAUUACUGUUUUUUAUAGUUCUUUCUGUGUAUAUAUCAGUGGAUAAGUACAGUUUUAAACGCAGUGGGAAAACAUGAGUUGUUUGCAUCAUCAGUGCAUUUCUCGGUUCUUUGGGCCAUGAACUCCAUGCCAUUUCGUUUUCGUUUUAAGUUCUUCCUGCUCCUGGCUUCUAUAUCAGAUACUAACGGUUCCUCUUCUACAGUUUGGAAAUCUUCCCUACGGAUUCCGUGCAAAUACAUGGCUCGUUCCUCCAUUUGCUGCUCAUUCACCAUCAUCAUUUCCUCCCCUCCCAGUGGAAGAUGAGGCAUGGGGAGGAAAUGGAGGGGGUUGGGGUAGAGAUGGCAAGAGUGAUAUGAUACCUUGGUCUGAUGAGUUUUUGUUUCUCACGUCAAUGCCUUGCAAGACAGCUGAAGAAAGACAGAUUCGUGACCGGAAGGUGUUCCUUCUUCACAGUUUAUUUGUGGACGUUGCUAUCUUCAGAGCAGUUGCAGCCGUACGCCAUGUUAUGGAUAAUACGUUGGUCGAGAAGGAUGGCAUUCUGUACUGCGACCGAGUAGGGGAUAUUUCUAUUUCUGUCCUCAGAGAUGCUUCUAACGCUAGUUGUAAGGUGGAUACCAAGAUCGAUGGGCUGAGAACCAUAGGAAUUGGUGCCAGUAAUCUCAUUGAGAGAAAUUUACUCAAGGGAAUCACAGCAGAUGAAAAUACUGUAGCCCAUGUAAGAUACUCUUUUACUCACGAUUCUCGUUUUACUUAGUCUAACGAUGAUUAAUCAGCAUUACAUUUGAAUCUUGCAGGAUGUUACCACCUUAGGUGUCAUCAACGUGAGGUACUGUGGAUACGUCGCAGUUGUAACAGUUAACAGAAAUGAGAAUAGGACUGGCCCAUUGCAGCAAAGAGUUGACAUUGAGGAUCAACCAGAAGGGGGAGCUAAUGCAUUGAACGUUAACAGGUUUUUUUCCAGUGCAAACCUUGUUUAUUUUCAUCCAGAUUUAUGUACGAAAUUCAUUUAAGAGAUGUCUUAUUCUUUGUGCGUGUUUGUUAACCACAUUUCGUUUAUUUCAGUUUGAGGUUGCUGCUCCACAAAAAGCACUCAGAACAUAACAGAGGAUCGAGCAACUCCCAAAGUUCGAAGUAUGAAGAUAUCAGGUUAGCCCAUGCCUUUGUGGAGGGAGUAUUGACAGAGAGUCUUACCAAACUUGAGACUGAAAAAGUCAAUCAGGACUCUUUUAUGAGAUGGGAACUUGGUGCGUGCUGGAUACAACAUUUGCAAGAUCAGAAAAAUGGCGAUAAGGAUAAGAAACAAACUGGCGAGAAAGACAGGAAGCAAAAUGCUGAGAAGAUUGGACUUGAAUCAAAGGUUGAGGGACUUGGGAAGCCUCUCAGGUUUCUUAAAAAUUCUAAGAAAAAACUGCAAUCUGAUGAAGGGAAAGAUCUGUCCAUGGCCAGUAGUUCUGAUCAGUGUGUUAUCGGGGAAAUGCAAAAUGUUCAUCUGCAUGGUGCAGGUUCUCCUAGUGAAACCAGUGCCUAUGAGAAUGAGCAGGAGCUUAAAAAGUUGUUAUCUGAGGCUGCAUUCAUACGGUUGAAAGAGUCUGAAACUGGUCUUCAUCAGAAGGUAACUACUCUAAUAAUUUACACUAUAUUAAUUUUAUUUCCAUUAAGCUUGAGAGGAUACAUUACUGGCCGAGCAUAUAAUAUUCUUUUAACGCCAGUGAGAGUAUUUUUGAGAGACGUUUUGAUUUUUUGCUUUUUCUCCGUGCUCAUUUAUUUUAUUAUCCACAACGGGGGUCGGCUAAGAACUGAUCCAGAACAGUACAGAUAUGCAGAUGAUACUAGGUCCUUGCAUGCUCUUUAUGGAGUCCAUAAAUAUAUAAAAGAAAUAUCAAUGGUUCAUUAGUCUCUUUCAUUUCGAAGUUGAUGUACAUAAUUCAGAAGCCUCAGACCUUCCCAGGGAUACUGAACUCUGCUCAUCAAUCAUCAAUUUGGCACCCUGAUUUCACUAAAAGCCGUGGAACAUAGCAGAACGAGAGAUAUUCAUAUGUUAUUGCGGGUUAGCCUACACAUGUGUCGUGUAGGUUUUGAAUGAUUUGAUUUUAUACAGGUUAUCACCUUCUCUUAUUCAUUUUGUUCAUCUUACUUAACGUAAAUAGUCACCACAAAAUUGUUUCCGGAUAGUAGUUAUCCAAUAGAUGCGGUAGGUUACAUAAUAUAGCAAUCUUUAUGUUUUGCCUUAUUUUAUUUUCUGAGUUCCAUGAAGGUUUUCCUCGAAGACAUGAGAAUAACCCUCCCCUCGACAUUCAGUCUUUGCAGGAACUCACUGAAAUGGCUCAAAAGUAUUAUGAUGAUGUUGCUCUUCGAAAACUGGUAGGUCUCCAAUACACAGUGGGAAAGUUUUUUUUUCCCCUCUGUUGAAGUUAUCUUUAGUGAUAUGUGUGUUUUCGUGUUUAGGUUGCCGAUUUUGGGUCGUUGGAACUUUCACCCGUAGAUGGCCGGACUCUUACUGAUUUCAUGCACACUAGGGGUCUGCGGAUGCGCUCUCUAGGAUGCGUUGUAAGUAUUUUUCUCAUGACCCUGUCCACAAACGUAGGCAAAACAAGCUCAUUUUUGCACAGAAUUCUAAAAUGCUCGCUUGUAUCUCAUGAGCUAAUUGGUGCUUGCAUCUUAUUUACCUAGGUUAAGCUUUCGGAGAAGUUGUCGCAUGUGCAAUCACUUUGCAUUCAUGAGAUGAUAGUAAGAGCCUUCAAGCAUGUCAUCCGCUCUGUUAUUGCAGCUGUUCCUGAGACAGGAGACUUAGCUCCAUUGAUAGCUGUCACUCUAAACAUGAUGCUUGGUAUUCCUGAUUUUGGUGAAUCCAACUCCAACGGCAAAGUACAUGGUAUUGUUUGGAGAUGGCUGGAGACCUUCUUGAAAAAAAGAUAUGAUUGGGAACUUACAAGUUCACAUUAUCGAGAUAUAAGGAAGUUUGCUAUAUUAAGGGGUCUCUGUCACAAGGUAAAAGAUUUGCGUGUGACAGUAUGACGACUGUCAGGGGAAUACUCGUCCUUAAUAUUCUAAUACUGGCGUAUACCUUUUUCUCCUUAGGUCGGUAUUGAGUUGUCACCAAAGGACUUCGAUAUGGACUCUGCAAAUCCCUUUUGCAAGGCAGAUAUUCUCAGCCUCGUUCCUGUCCAUAAAGUAAGGGUUUUCCGUUUUAUAACAAAUGUUAUUGAACAGAAUAAUUGCUUUAGCCAGUGCACGGGCUCACAUUCGUUUCGUGAUUCUUUGUAGCAAGUUGCAUGUUCAUCUGCAGACGGACGUCAACUUCUAGAGUCAUCAAAAACGGCUCUUGACAAGGGAAAGCUUGAAGAUGCAGUCAGUUACGGAACAAAGGUGUCUGACAUAAAUCUUGUUCUUUUUUGUUGUCGUGUAUUCUUGUUGCCUCAUUUUCUGCUUAACAAAGUUUUAUUUAUAAUUUUGAUAACUAUUUUGCCAUAAAUGCAGGCACUAGCGAAACUUAUUGCAGUAUGUGGCCCUUACCAUCGUAUGACAGCUGGAGCGUACAGUCUCCUUGCUGUUGUGCUUUACCAUACAGGCGACUUUAAUCAGGUUUUGAACGUCGCAUCUCUUCUUUUAUCAUUUUCUGUACUACGAUCUGGGGCAGGAUUUACCUGUCUCUGAUUUUACUUCGUGUGUAUCCCACAACCUCAUGUUAUUGGCCAUAUCUGUUAAAGAAAAUUAGGAUCAGCUUGAUAAAUUAUGAUACAGAGGGCAUCUCUAGGAUGUAAAAUGAUCGAUGUUUGUGAACAUUAAACUGAUUGUCUAUUUUUUAUGUAAAGAUGGAUUUUCCCAAUGCAAUUUUUAUGGUAGGGGUUUUUUUUUAUAGUUACUCAUCUAACAUCAGAUGAGUGGAUAAAAUUAAUCAAUGGUGAUUCACUAUCGGCUGAACAUAAAAGGAUAUUGUAAUGGUUCCACAGGAUCCUAGUUUCUGGAUUCACCUUGUACUCAUAUCCAUUAGGCUGAACAUUUCUAUUCACUUAGUUAUAUAUUAUGGCCAUUUCAAUCGUUUAUUCUUUUCCAUUUUAACCAUCAAAAGCUGAGCAGGACAUGCCCUUCUAUCAUCCAGCAUUCUCCUUAUCCUUCAUUGAAAUUUCGAAUAAUUUCGUGCAUUUUUGGACCCUAAUUUAAAUAGAAAGCCCGAAUUCACCCUCAUAAUAUGGGCACAAUGAUCCUUUUUAUUUGUGGGUAGCUUGGUCAGUCGCCGAUUUCAUGCCUUUAUGUUAUCGUUGCCUGAGAUCCAUUAGUCUUUUUUCAAUGUUUCGUUUCUUGUGCAUUAAGGGUGUUUUUCUGUGGAGUUCUGGAUGGAUUUGCUUAGUAAUAAUGUAUCUCUUUUUUUUUAUCUAUUUCUCCAUCAAUUAAUGACACUUUUUUAUUUUUUUACUAUAUCCGGAUUAACUAGAGACAGCAAAAUACGUUGAUAUCGUUAUGAGAGGAGAGUUUUAAUGUGUUAGAACGUUUCAGGCUACGAUAUACCAACAGAAGGCAUUGGAUAUUAAUGAAAGGGAGCUUGGUCUUGACCAUCCUGACACUAUGAAGAGCUACGGAGAUCUUGCUGUGUUCUAUUAUCGACUUCAACAUACUGAAUUGGCGCUGAAGUGAGUUAGAUUUUGGAAAUAUCAAGAACUUUCCGCCAUUUUUUUUGAAAUAACCAACUUUUGAUUGCAUCCUACAGUUUUUUUGUCGUGAAAGAAAGCUAUAUAUAUGUUCUAACCCUCUCGUCUGUUUGACAUAAAUGCAAAGUCUAAAAAAAAUUCAUGAAUUGGAUAUUCCUGGUAUAUAUAGCGCAUCCUAUUAGUUAUGAUUGAUGUGAACUCUUGUAUUCCUGGUUACUGAACUUAAAUGCAAAGCCUUUGACGUAGCGUCUGCGUUGACAUUCUUGGCAUAUGCACUUUACAUGAGAUUUUGCAUUGUAACAUUUCAAAUUAAUCCGGUUGAAAGAUUUUAACCUAAAAAAUACACAAAAUAAAUUAUGGCAUGAGCCUCAUGCCUGAUUCACUGCAGUUGCCUAUUUGAGUGGUACCUCGAUCAGUAUGGAAAACCAAAACCCUAAACAAACCCCGUCCUUAAACGGCAGGUCCAUUUACUACUUCUCACCAAGUAACCGUUACCACCGAACCCAACCCAAACCAGAGCCCAUUCGAAGAAGCCACAUAGAUGCACCUUAACCAACAGUAUGGAACUUUCGAUGAUUACAACCACGGUAGCCUCACGGGACCUUGACUAAAACCCUGACCUAAGUGCAUAGUGAAUUAUAAAGCGAAGCUGAUAACUCCUCAGACUUACUCAGUAUAUCAAUUGUUUUUUCUUAUUUUCUUGUAUCCUUCAGUGAGAUCACUAAUUGAGCUAAUGAUUGCCAUCAAUGUCCUCUAUUUGUUAACAUCUGAGAAACAACAGAAACAAAGUGGAAACAGCAGUGAUAGUUUCUUUUCUAGUGUCUUCUUUUAUUGCCUUUAAUAUUUUGAACUUGGAUGUUAUCCUUGGCUGUGAUAUUUGCAACCUUUAAUGUAAUUCCCAUCUUUUCAAUCUUUUUUUAAAGAUAUCUUUUUUAAAUUGAGGUUUUUUGUAAAUUUUGUGUAUCAUACUUAGCAAAUCAUAUAUACUAAUUGUGAUUCAUUGUAUUGUUAAUCAGGUAUGUAAAACGUGCACUGUAUCUCUUGCAUCUUACUUGUGGCCCAUCACAUCCAAACACUGCUGCUACAUACAUCAAUGUGGCGAUGAUGGAGGAGGGCCUAGGAAAUGUACAUGUCGCAUUGAGAUAUCUUCACAAAGCAUUAAAGUGCAAUCAAAAGUUGCUUGGCCCUGACCACAUUCAGGUCUUCUUCCCUCUCCAUAUCUUCUGUGUUUUAUGGAUUCUCCAAAUUGCAGCCAGUGUCUAAUUGUGAUUACAUAGAUCGCAGUUUUUGUAUUUCUGGUGUGAUCUCUCUGUGUGUAAUUUUUCUUUAGUUUGAUUAUCCUUGAUUUCUUUACGCAUAUGUGCAAGUGUGUCUUUGGGGCGGGAUAUGUUACACCGAUCAAUCAGGUUCUUCGAGGAACAUUACUUCACAUAGUGAAUGAGGUUCUUUCAAAACAUACAUUUGACUGGUGAGGGCUGCGGUAUAUGUAAGUGCCUCAUAAUGCUGUCCCAAAGAAGGAGAUGACUGUUGGGGCCUAAUCAAGACAGUUCAUCAGGAUUUUAAAAUCUGAAAUGCUACGAGGUUCUUUGAGUGCAUUUUGAUGAUGUGAAAGUCCCUCCUGCUUCGAUCUAGUUCAUGAUGUGACAGUUAAUAAAGUUAACUGUCUUUCACAAUGAUGCCUGUAGGAAAAUAUAGUCGUCCCCUCGUUAAAUUUUCUUGAACCUUCAGGCUCGCCAUAAGAUUGUUCGAAUUGGCAUAUUAACACCCGGCUUUGAUGAUGAUUCGGAAAAUGGCCUGGCUACUUUUUCUGUACUGAACUACUGAUGAUGUAAUAAUUCCUUUUUUCUAACAAUCUGAAACAAGAGUCAUAGUUUGAGAUUUAGUCCAGGCUGUACCUAGGUAACGAGAGCAGAAUAUGGGUUUUAUUUUUAUAAUCAUGAUUGAUAUCACCGUUACUUCUAACAUGUUCUGUUACAAGGAAUAGAUCAUUUAAAAUUUCAAGUGAAAAUUUUGCCCGGCACAUGAUUACUUAUCCAUUUUUGUCCGAAUUUUGGUCCAGACUGCUGCAAGUUACCAUGCCAUAGCCAUUGCUCUCUCCCUAAUGGAAGCAUACAGCUUAAGUGUUCAGCAUGAGCAGACAACCUUAAAAAUUCUUCGUUCAAAGCUCGGUCAAGAUGACUUGAGGACUCAGGUAUGUCUUAAAACAAUUCUACUGGUUUUCAUAAUUUUCUCAGGCCUUGUUCAGCGUUUCUAAAAUAAUGUUGUUGAACUCUAAGGACGCUGCUGCAUGGCUUGAAUAUUUUGAGUCGAAGGCUAUUGAGCAGCAAGAAGCAGCUCGAAAUGGUACUCGAAAACCUGAUGCAUCUAUCGCGAGCAAGGGGCAUCUGAGGUGUCUUUUUAUAUCUUAUAUUGAACAAAUAUCUGUAAACGUGUUGUCCUUGUCUUGAUUUAAAAUCCUGAAAUAUUUUUCAACAAUUUUUAUAUCGAAGCACCUGCCAGCAUGCAAUUUAUCGCAUAUCAUAUUGUCUAGAUAUUGUUCCCUGUUCGUUAUGUAUAUAGUUAACCGUUCAAAUCAAUAAAUAUUAACUUGGAUUUUUCUUAAAAUACUACUGUGGUUUGCAGUGUAUCAGACCUACUUGAUUACAUAAACCCGGAUCAAGAUUCUAAAGGAAGAGAUACAGAGGCGGCCAAGAGGAGAAUUUUGGCUACAAAGGUACUUCUGAUUCACUUUUAAAUAUCGUUCAGGCAUCUGGGAACAAUGUAGCAAUCUAGGAACACUCCGUGGCCAUAAAGAGUUUCUACGCUUCUCUGAUCUUACUGGAACCAUUCGUUGAACUAUAGGUUGUUCAUAAGUCGUGGAAAUGCAUAAUUAAGCAGAUGAUUGCUAAAAUAACGAAAGACCAGUAGUUCAUUGCUCAAUUAAAUUUUUCCUUCAGUUCUACGGGGAUCAAGCAAUGUUUAAGGCAUUUGUGUGUAGUGGAGAUUCUAGUUAGAGUCAAAACUACAUCUAAAUCUUGUACGAGAUAUGAAGAUGAGUACAAACACAUGAAGAGAUGAGCUUUAUUAAAUUAGAAAAGGAUGCUCUUGUAUUUAAUUAAUUUAUGCCAAGUAUAGAGAGGGACUAAAAUCAUGAAAGUACAGCCUAAGGUAAAAACUUUUUGUGGCCGUCUAACUCUUCUCCCAGAAAAAAACUACGCAUUUUGCCUCGGGGAUGAGCGCUCAUCUAUAUACACUAGAGUAGAUUAAAAAAUAAAAAAUUGAAACUAGGGUUUCUUUUGAUCCUUUUCUGAAUUAGUGUUAAGUAUUUCUCAUCGUAUUAAAGCUUUAAAUUGGUGAUAUUUUCAUCUGAAUUAACUAUAAGCCAGUCUCUUUGGGAAACCAUUCUUCAUGUACUGAUAUACGGACAUAUUUUUGCCAGUUGAACCGAUAAAAGGAUGUCCUACUAAGUAUCCUCAAAUGGAGAUAUUCGAGCUAUUUUGAUUGCCUUAGAAUGAACCGGGAUUAUUACUUAUGCUCUCUAAUUUAUGAGUUCCUACCAAGUUGUGUAGUAUCCUUCUGUUCUUAAAGUUCAAGUAACCACGACCAUUGGUCAUUUGAUCGCUUAUUGACGUAGAAUGUUACUCUCAGGUUAAGGUUCGCUCUGCCAAAAGCCUGAAUUCUGCAAGCUCUGAUGCAUUGUCGAAAGAUUCCAGUACUACUGCUUCAGAGGAAGAGAAGGAAGAGGACGAACCUAGGACUAAUCCAGAGGAUAAUGUAGCCGUCCAAACAGAUUUUCAGCCUCAGAUUGAAACCGGAGUUCAAGGGCUAUCCAGCGUUGCUCAACAACAACCCGAAGUGAUAUCUACAGAUGAUUACACGGACGUUGGUGAAUUGCAGACAGAAGUGAAUACGGGGGCAGAAGAAGGGUGGCAACCCGUUCAGAGGCCAAGGUCGUACGGCAUAACCGGGCAGAAGCUGAGGCAUAAGCGUGCAAAUAUUGGAAAGAUCUAUGGCUAUCAGAAGAAGGAUGUCAGCCCCGAAGUUGCCCAAUAUAAAUCCAGGGACUCUUAUCCGAACAGCAGAUAUUACUUCUUGAAAAAGAGAACGGCAACUUCUGCCUAUUCAGAGAAUAACUACAUUAAAGUUCCCUCACCUGGCAGCAAGUUUGGACGCAACGUCAGGUCCAUGACAUACAGAGUUAAAUACGUUCCAGCACCGAACAUAAUGGAGACGGUCGAUAGCACCAGAAAUGCUGGCGAUCAGAAGAAUUCUACGCUGGAAUCGUUGGCAUCUCCGCCUUCUGAUCAGAUCACAUCCAAUACCCAGAUUAGCACUCAAGAGGACAUCGGCGAUCCGUCCAAGAGCCAUUCGACUGUCGCUCUUGGGAAUUCCCUGUCAUAUAAGGAUGUAGCCCUUGCGCCUCCUGGCACAGUAGGGAAAAUUCCGAUGAGAAAGGUAAUUGGCGCUUCGUUAGACAGAGAAGAUACGACUGGAAAGGGCAAAGCCAAGCCAACGGAACAAGCGAAAGUUGACAACUCUUCAGAAGAUCUCUCUAUUCCUGCAGGCCUUGGCGAUGACAACGCAAGGGACCAAGAUGUCAGUGAGGAAACAGAAGUCGUCGUUCAAGUACAGGGCCACGUUGAGGUAACGAAAGCGAUCCCCAACCAACCACCUUCUGAAACUACAGCGGACGCGCUUGGAGGCAUUUCCGCUGGGAGUAAUCUGGAGGAUGCGGCCCUGCCUGAUGAGGUUCAUGGCGGAGAAUCAGACCUCUGCGCCAAGACUGAGGGUGAUGCUACCACUACAAGGAGCUCCGAAACCAUUCAGACAUCUCAUGAAGCCUCACUUGGUGGAGUUGACUCAGAUGAUUCGAUUCUUACUUCACCUGGCGUGCGGGUCGAUGCUCUUGAGACGAGCAGUGCUGACAGUCCAAAGGUACAGUCGCCUUCCACCACCUUUGACGUGAGAGAAAUGACUAACAGAAAAUUGUCCGCCUCGGCUGCACCCUUCAACCCAUCUGCUGCAGUCAUGCGAGGGCCAGUCGUCCAGAAUAUAAGGCUCCCCAUAAGCAAUGCCAUUCCCAACGUAGCCCAUUGGCCUGUUGCUCUCCAAUCUCACCCUACUCCUGCGACAGUCUUGCCAACGCCAUCUCCCAUGUGCUCAUUGCCCCUACACCCUUAUCCCACAUCUCCUCGGCCGCCUAGCGUCCCCCACCCUGUGCCUUUUGCCUACCCUUCUUAUUCUCAGGCUCAAGCCGUGCCCAACACCCUGUUUCCCAUGAACACAAACAUAUUCCACCCCAACCACUUCGCAUGGCAAUGCAAUAUGCCGCCAAACGUCCCGGAAUUCGUGCCUGGAACAAUGUGGCCGUCCUGUCAUCCCGCCGAUUUCCCCAUCAUGUCUCCGGUCAUCACCCCGAUCGCCGAACCAGUGAUUGAGCCGAGCAUGCAACCAAUCAACAUCGAAAGCUUGGACCCAGCUCCUCCGACGUUGUCCAAGGAUGGGGAAGAGACACAGAGAGAGAUCAAGGUGGUAUCAGAGGUCACCAACGACGGGUCUGAGAAGAAACCUGAGAAUGCGGAGGACUCCAGUGGUGAACUGAAGAGCGAGAUUGGUGAGUCUCAGCUUCAGAGCGUCACCACCAAGAAGAACGACGGCGAGGGGAGCCUCAGCAUCUUCCUAAGAGGGAGAGGCCGCCGGAAACAGACCCUCAGAAUGCCGCUGAGCCUGCUGAACAAGCCCUUUGGUGGGAAGUCAUUCAAGGUUAUCUACCACAGGGUGGUCAGAGGAAACGACUCUCCCAAGCCCACCAAUGCUUCCUCAAACGGCGAGGAGAACGCAACCACUCCGGCAUGA